UCUCCCCUUCCGCUCCUCUCGACGCUGCCCGCUAAACCACCGUCUCCCUCCCAUGGCCGCGCCCGCCCUCCUCUCCCUCUCCCCCGCCGUCUCCAGGCACCCCCACCUCCUCUUCUCCCACACCCACUCGCCUCGCCACCUCCGCUUCACCCCUCUCGCCGCCUCGUCCUCCCCCUCCCCCUCGCCGGCCGGCGGCGGCGGCGGCGUUUUCCUCUCGCCGAGCGCGCUCUCGCAGCUCGACGCGCUCGCCGCCUUCCGCUACGAGCACUCCUUCCCCCACGGCAUCCUCACCGUGCGGGCCCUCACCCCGGCCGACGACGCCGAGGCCGACGUGCUCGUCCGCCUCCUCGCCUCCUCCUUCUCCGAGGACGUCAGGUGGGCCCCCGCGCAGCGCUACGCUCAGCUCCUCGCCUUCGUCAUCCGCCGCUACCUCUACGAGCGCCGUGGCCUCGCGCCCCACGCUGCCGUCCUAGUGGGUUUCUACAAGCCCGCCGCCGCGGAAGAAGAGGAUGAGGGCGAGGGCGAUGGGGAUGAGGGCGAGAUGGCGUGCACCGCCGAGGUGUCGCUGGACGCGGUGGGCGCCCCCGGGGCACCGCCCACGCCCACGCCGCCGCUCGAGUUCCCUUACAUCUGCAACAUGACCGUGAAGACCUCGUUGAGGAGGAGAGGCAUUGGAAAACAACUUCUUAAGGCAUGUGAGGAUCUGGUUGUCAAGAUGGAUGCCAAAACGCGUGUAUAUCUUCAUUGUAGAAUAAUUGAUGAAGUGCCAUUCAACAUGUACAUAAAAGCAGGAUACGACAUUGUUCAGACUGACAGUAUCCUUGUUUGGCUGAGCCUCCAGAAACGCAAGCACUUGAUGCGCAAGGAAUUACCAGAAAUUUCUGUUGGUCGUGAUGUACAAGCUUAGAAUUUUGAGGAGCUGAACAUGCCAUAGCACCAUCAGGUAAACAUGAGUUGAAUCUUGUGUAUAAAUCUUAUGCUUCUAGUUAGCCCUAAUUGACACGUGCAUAUUUACUACUGUAUUCUCCUUGUCAACUGGCUAUGAAAAAUAGUUUUUAUGGAGAUGAAUUUAAGUACUUGUAACAUAUCUUGACC